AUGUUGGAGGAUUUGUUAGCAAGUUCGUUGCUUACAUGCAGUUGGUUUUCUACUGUAGUGAGAUAUGUUUAUAGAGCGUUAUCGGCUGGAAUCACGUCGCCGUUGUUAAUAACUGUACCACAUCCGACACAUCCUCAAGCGGAGCUGGUGUCUGCCCUUGGUGCUCUUCUUCCGCUCUACACACCUUUGAACGUUCGUGAAGAGGAAAAACCUGACAAGUUCCAGAAACUUGGAUUAUUACCAGUCAGUUUUAUUGUAGCCUAUAUAAAGUGGCUCAGAACGAUUGGGUAUGUACAUUUGCUAGAGCUAGUAGAAGCUUUUGAAGCUGCGUUUACUGUAUGUCGUGAUGUUGGAGAGACUGGACCAGAACGGAUGUCACCUCCCAGAGUUGCUGAUUAUAUAAAAUCAGUGUUUCAAAAUGGAAAUGUCAAAGUGGAAGUGAAUGAAAAUCAAGAGUUGAUAAAGGAAGAGUAUCCAUUGUUGGCUGCUGUGAAUCGUUGUGCGAAUACUGUUAAGGAACACCAGGCACGCCUUAUUCGUCUUGAGUACACUGGAGAAAGUGCGAUCGAAAACACUUAUUUUAUGAUUGGCAAGGGUGUAACCAUUGACACUGUCCUUUUAUGUCGAGUUUAUGACUCAUGCUAUGGGACAAGUAAGGUGUUUGAUAUAGCCGAAAAGUUAGGCUUGGCGCCGAAUGUGCUAGAGGUCGUUGGUUACAUGUGUAUGGUCCGUAACAGCAUCGGUUCCCAUGCAUACACCUGUGACGAGGUAAUAACAUCUCGAAGUGGUAAGCGCAUUCACAUAUACAACACAGAUGCCGAAGGACGACUCACUAUGCUUGAUCCCUUGACGAAAGCUAAAGAAGAGGCUCUGGAAGAAAUUAAUCCACAUAUACUAACAAUCGCAACUCUAACAGGGCACGAAGUGAUGACAUAUGGUUACUAUGCUACUUUAAUGGAUAACGGACCUGCAAGGAAAAGUGGAUGGGCGCGUAGGAUUCAAGAUAUUGGUGACCUCUAUGGUCAACCAAUUGAAAUCAGCCGACUACAGCCAGAGGAUUUUGUCUUUCACAAGGCGGAAUGCGAGCAAGCACAUCUUCGACAAGGAAACACGAAACCAUCAACACAAACGAUGCGAGGUCAUCAAUCUCCAGGCGCUUUCCUUAUUAUGGGAUCCAGACUAGAUGAGCAUGGUUGCGAUAGUGAACACCCAUUGAUGUUCACUCACAUAGAUAUGGGCAGUGCACCAGGCGAGCAUCCAGAGACAAGUUUCCCAAAUCCACUAGUCACCUUAAUGGCUGGGUAUGUGUGA